CUUCCUCUAUGCUGUGGACGUGGUUGGUUGGUUUUUGAACCAGGAAACAGUAGGGGAAUAAAACUUUCGGCUUUUUAAUUUUUUUUAAUUUUUGUGGAGCCUUUAUUUGAAAUGCAUAAAUCCGGCUCCGUUGGUCUUUCUGGCCUCUGUCAAGUUACGGAGCACCUUUUCCUCAGUAACGCUGCUGCAGCCAACGAUGCCUCCCAGGUGGCCGAGAGCAACAUCACAUGUAUCAUCAAUGUUUCGGAGACAAAACACAGGACAACACCGCCUUUAGAUGUGGAAUAUAUUCACAUCCCCAUCCCUGACUCCCCCAUGUCUCCCCUGAGCGAAUGUUUUGACCAAGUGGCUGAUAAAAUACAGUUUUACGCGAACAAAAAUGGGCGUACACUAGUACAUUGUAAUGCUGGUGUGAGUCGCUCCACUGCUUUGUGCAUGGUUUACCUGAUGAAAUAUCACGCUGUCAGUCUACUAGAGGCGCACACAUGGAUAAAGAAAUGUCGACCUAUGACGAGACCAAACUCCGGCUUUUGGCGACAGUUAAUCCGGUACGAGAGUGAGAUUCGUGGGAGCGCCUCUGUCCACAUGGUGUCCUCAUCCGUGGGAGACAUACCAGACAUUUACGAAGACGAAAGCAGAAACAUGACACCAUUGUGAAAAAAACAACUUUUCAUUACUUCUGUCAAUCAGACUCAAAUAAACAUACU